GCGAGUAAAGGAUUAACUGGGAAUGAGGAAGCAGCAGGGAUUAACGCCCGCCCGAGAUCCUCACACAUCAGCCGUCUGUUAAAGCUCUGCUCAGCAGUGGUUGUUUUCCAGGGUGUGGGGAGUCCCUGAGCGAUGGACCCACAGCCAGCUCCAAGCCUGGUCGAUAAGGAGGUGGGAGAGAAGGAGCCCAGCGCUGACUCAGGGAUGAUGAAGUUUGUGGUGGUGCUGCCCACUCAGAAAGCUGACGGUAAUGGGAAUGAGGUGCUGACUGUGGAAGUGUCACUGAACAGCACAGUGAGGAGCCUCUGGCUGAUCAUCUGGCUCAGAGCCAGCCAGGAGAGCGGGAAACCCUCCAUCUACCGACUGUCUGACCCCGAGUCCCACCAGCUCCUCUACAAGAAGGGAGCGAGCUGGUAUGAGAUUUAUGACAGCCAGCAGUUCCUGCACACACUCGACGCAGUGAGGUACUGGAGGUGUCUGGGCUCUCAGAAGUGUCUCCUUUACAUCAAACAGCGACCCAAGGCUACGAGAGAGGCUGAGAUAUUCCAGAAGGAUCUGGCAUACCUGAUUGGCUAUGACAUGCAAAGCACUGUUGCCGAGCAGCGCAGUGAGGUGGCCUGUGCCCGAAGGAAACUCGCCUCGUCUCGGAAAUCCGAGAUCCACAAUCGGGAUAGGCGGGAUUACGCAAUGGAACCUUGGCUGGCUUCCUGCCCUCUCCCCAAAACCCUCCAGAGUCAAAUCAGCAAGGAGUUGGUGGUGGUCAUCUCCUACAACACCAUCAGCCACAAGAUGAAGGUAGGGAUUUACGACACAGCGGAUAUGGUGGCCCGCCUGUCCAGACAGAAGAUGGCAGAGAGAGGGUCACUGAUGCAGGAGGCUGAUCAUCGCUUCGUCUUAAAGGUCUGGGGCAGAGAAGAGUACAUCACGGGAAACUGGUCCCUCAUUGACUUCACCUGGGUGAGGCGCUGCAUCAAGAAUAAAGAGGAAUUGCGACUGGCACUGGUGCCCGCUCCGUGUCUUACAGACGAUGAGGUGAAGAUUGAGGACUGGCCUUUGGUUGAUCAGUGCACAGGGCUCACCACCACCCAUGACCAGUUGGCCCUGAGGGACAAAGAUAUUGAGCAGAUUCGGAUGCUGUCGCUCUGGGAUUGCAGUCAGCGUUUCCGGGUCAAGCUUGUGGGUUUGGACAUUCCCGUUCUUCCCAGCAAAAGCCUCCCGAAUAUAUUUGUGGAGGGGACUGUUCACCACGCCACCAAUGUUCUCGCUUCGGCCUACUCUCAGCCCAUGCCUCUGGCCGAGGAGAUUUUGUGGAACUCUUGGCUGGAGUUUGACAUUGCAGUGAAGAACCUGCCCAAAGGAUCGCGGUUGGCUCUGUCCGUGUACGGCCUGGACCAAGAGAGCUCGACCUCGAGAGAUGGGAAGGCCAGCUCCCAGAACAUUAGGGACACCGUGGACGCUCACAGAGGGAAGAGCAAACUCCUUUACUUUGUCAACUUACUCCUGAUCGAUCAUCGUUCACUCCUUCAGCAAGGACAGCACAUCCUCCACAUGUGGACCUACUCGUCUCGCGAGGAGAGACUGGUCACCCACGAAGUGGACAAACUCUCUUCCAAGACAAACCCUGAUAUCGAGAACUCGGCAGCGAUCUGUAUCCUGUUGGACAGUUACAAUUACCCGGUGGUGCUGCCGAGUGGCAUGGGCUCAUGGUCCUCAAGGGUUGACCAAUCCGAAGAGGAGGAGGUGGCAGUGCGACAGGAAGUGGUGCAGGAGGUCUCUCGGUGUUCCCUGAGCGGCUCCCAGAAGGACUUGUUGAAACGGUUCACAGAGGAGUGCGCUCAGUACAGUCUCUCACUGCCCACCUUCCUCAGCACUGUCCAAUGGGGUGACCUAAAAGCGGUUGAGGAAGUGCACUGGCUGUUUGAUCACUGGAACCCUCCAGAGUUGGAUAUUGCUGUCGCACUGGAACUGCUCAGCAUCGACAUUGCCGAUGAGAAGGUCAGGACACUCUCCGUCCAGCGGCUGGAGCAGGUGGACAAUGACCAUCUGUUGAGAUACCUCCUGCAGCUCGUCCAGAGUAAGAGAAUUGGCCAUUUCUUCUUCUGGUACCUCCGCAGUGAGGUCACAUCUUCCCCAUAUUUCUGUGACCGGUUUGCACUGGUUCUUGAGGCCUACCUGAUGGGCUGUGGGCGGGCAGUCAUCGAGGGGUUCCAAAAACAGGUCCAGUUGGUCGAGGCCCUCAGCCAGGUUGCCACGGAGAUCAAGAAGAUCAUUCCGGAGAAGAGUGACCUCCCGCCCAAUG